AUAGCGCCGCCAUAGGACUUUGUUCGAGCGUUGGGUUGCAGAGCUUAUGUUCUCCUUCGUCAAGCAUGAAGCUUUCCGGAGAAUGACGGCAAAAUCAACCGUCACCCUUGUCUUCAAACAAUUUCCCCCUUACAAUUUCAAGCUUCAUCCCUUCAAUUUUUCGACCCAAAAUCUUCAAAAUCGGGAAAGUUUCGACUCUGCUAGAACCCAAAAAAGCGGUAAGUUUCUCGUCUACUGCAACUCCCAGAUCACAAAACUUGGAAGGAAUGGGUGUAUUAAGGAAGCAGAGUCCGUUUUCAAUCGUAUGCCUCAUAAGAGCACCGUCUCCUGGACUGCUAUGCUCACUGCAUACGCUGAAAACGGCGAAAUAAAUAAAGCCCAGGAAGUGUUCGACAAAAUGCCGGACCGAAGUAUUGCAUCCUAUAAUGCGAUGAUUACGGCUUAUCAUCGGAGGAACAUGGUAAAUGAGGCUUUUGAGUUGUUUUCUAGCAUGCCUCAGCGUAAUUCUGUUUCCUAUGCUACCAUGAUCACUGGGUUUGUGCGUGUUGGAAUGUUUGAGAUGGCCGAAAAGUUGCAUUGGGAAAAUCCGGGUAUGGUGUCGUCUAAUGUGUUAAUCAAUGGGUAUUUGAAGGCGAGGAGAAUAGAAGAUGCGGUUCGGAUCUUUGAUGGCAUGGAAGAAAAAGGCGUGGUUUCUUGGAGCUCCAUGAUUGAUGGUCUCUGCAAAGUUGGGAAGAUUGUUGGUGCUAGAAAGCUGUUUGACAAAAUGCUUGAAAGAAAUGUGGUUACUUGGACAACAAUGAUUAAUGGGUAUAUGAAGAUGGGAAAUUUUAAAGAUGGUUUCACAUUGUUUCUAAAUAUGAGAAGGGAAAGGGUGGAGGUUAAUGCAACUACCUUGACUGUUUUGUUUGAAGCCUGUGGUUGUUUGGAUCGAUAUAGAGAAGGAAUUCAGAUCCAUGGAUUGGUUCUGUCCUUGGGGCUCGAUUUCGAUGCUUAUCUAGCCAAUUCUAUGAUCGCGAUGUAUUCUAGAUGUCAUUCUAUUAAUGCAGCUGCUACGAUAUUUGAUUUAAUGGUUCAGAAAGAUAUAGUUACAUGGAAUUCUUUGAUUGCAGGUUAUGUUCAAUCCGGGGACAUCGAAAAAGCUUUCUUGCUAUUCGAGAAUAUGCCACAAAAGGACGUCGUUUCCUGGACAACUUUGAUUUCUGGAUUUGCCAGCAAGGGGAUGAUUGAUAAAUCCAUUGGUUUGUUUCAAAUGAUGCCUGAGAAGGAUGAUAUUGCUUGGACUGCUGUAAUUUCAGGGCUCGUGAGCAAUGAGGAAUAUGAGACAGCUUUCCAUUGGUUUAUUGAGAUGCUUCAGAAAGCAAUCAAGCCAAAUCCACUCACUUUGAGCUGUGUGCUUAGUGCUGCCGCAGGUGUAGCAAUAUUAAGCCAAGGGUUGCAGUUCCAUGCACUUGUGACAAAGAUGAGUAUGGAAUAUGAUUUAUCAAUCCAAAACUCUCUAGUUUCUAUGUAUUCAAAGUGUGGAAAUGUGGGUGAUGCAUUGAGGAUGUUCUAUUAUAUUGAGGCUCCUAAUGUUGUUACUUACAAUUCCAUUAUCACUGGGCUAGCUCAGAAUGGACUUGGGAAAGAAUCACUGAAGUUAUUCACGAAAAUGCAGGACGAAUACCUGGAACCUAAUCAGAUCACGUUUCUAGGCGUUCUUUCAGCAUGCGUUCAUGUGGGAUUUGUGGAAGAGGGAUGGAGAUACUUUAAUCUAAUGAGUUCAUUGUAUAAUAUUCAACCUCAGGUAGAUCACUAUGCGUGCAUGGUUGAUCUUCUUUGCCGAGCUGGGAGAUUCAAUGAAGCAGUUGAUUUGAUUUCUUCUAUGCCAUUUGAUCCUCACGAGGGUGUUUGGGGAGCAAUGCUUGGAGCAAGCUGGACCCAUCUGCGUCUUGAUGUUGCAGAGCUUGCAGCUCAUAAUCUCUUUGAACUGGAACCUAAUAGUGCAACACCUUACGUGAUUUUAUCUAAUUUACACUCUGUUUCAGGUGAUAAGCGGAAAGAUGAGGUUAUAAGGUCGAUGAAGAUAUCGAAAGGGAUAAAGAAGAGUCCAGGUUGUAGUUGGAUAAUAGUUAAGGAUAAAAUCCAUCUGUUCUAUGCAGGAGAUCGAUCCCACAAAGACAUCGAAGAGAUGACGGAAAUUAUACACGCAUUGGCAGCAGAAAUAGGAGAUUCGAUCAGGCUUAGAGAGACGACUUGAGAUUUUCUCGGUCGUUGAUUGGGGUUUUGAUAGGGGUUGGACGGCUCCUGGAACUGACAAAAAAGAAGAAGAGAAUGAGAGCAAAACAGAAAGAAAAGAAAAGAGACCAUAAAGUCCAGACGAAGACAGAGUUU